GAUCGAUCGAUCAUGCGGUCGACCUGCAGCCCUGAACGGUCCAUCCAUUAUUACGGUCCCCCGUAAACACGUGUGCAUAAGCAAAACGUUGCUAUUCCCUUAUUUUUGCUGCUUUAUUUUUACGAUUAUAGAUUUGAUGAGGAUACAGAUGGAGAUGCAAGCAGACAGUGUUGAACUUGAGAAAAGUGAUUUUCUGCAGCCGUUAGAUAGUGAGAUACAAACAUGGAUGUCAAAGGCGUUUGACAUGGCACUUGAGGCCCUUGAGAACGGAGAGGUUCCUGUUGGCUGUCUGAUGGUUUACAACAAUGAGAUUAUUGGAAAAGGAAGAAAUGAGGCGAAUGAAACAAAAAAUGCUACUCGGCAUGCGGAAAUGGUGGCACUGGAUCAAGUGCUUGAUUGGUGCCAUUUCAGAGAGAAGGACCCAAAGGAGGUGUGUGAACAGACUGUACUUUAUGUGACCGUGGAGCCAUGUAUCAUGUGUGCAGCUGCUCUGCGCCUGCUUCACAUACCUCUUGUUGUAUAUGGGUGCAAAAAUGAGCGGUUUGGAGGCUGUGGAUCUGUCCUGGACAUCUCAUCAGAUCAUUUACCACACACUGGAACUUCAUUUAAGUGCAUCGCUGGCUAUAGAGCAGAAGAGGCUGUUGAAAUGCUCAAGACAUUUUAUAAACAGGAAAACCCAAAUGCUCCCAAACCUAAAGUGAGGAAAGAUUUGAUCGGUCCACCAGGUGGCGCUGUAGCCAUUCAGGUAAAACAAGGACUGCAAGAUGAGGAGAGCGAAACAAUUGCUCCUUUGAGCUGAAAUGGAAAAUAUUUGAACAUUGAGACUUUUACAAGACCUUGUCAGUGCCUGGAUCUCAAUGACUUUUGAUUUUGCCAUCUUUUUGAGGUCAUUGAUUUGAUCUACAAUUUGAGGAACCACAUUGGCUCAUUAUCUGGACCACAUAGCUCGUAAACCUCCAGGCCUCCUCUUCUCUGUGGCUGGACGCUGUGAGUUGUCUGUUAACAGUGUGUAGAAGUAAUAGACUGGGUCUGUUCUGCAUUAAAGCGCAGGUUCUUCUCCAGCUCUUGCUCUCUUGGUGUCCUUACACAACCCAGAGAAUUGGUUCUGAACUCUCAAUGAUCUCAGUCUUGGGCUCACUAGCAGAUGCAGGACAGAUCCAGGUGGAGUUUCCACUUACUUCAUAGCCAGAAACUUUAAAGGGAUGGUUAAAAAUUAAUUUCUGUCAGUACUUUCUCACACUACUUUUUUUUUCUUCAAUGGAGCACGAAAAGUGAAUUUUAUGAUGAGUUUUUAAAGGAUAUAUAUCCAUUUUUUUAUAGAAUUAAUGUAAUUGAAGAUGGAGGCUGUCAAGCUCUAUAAUGGCAAAAAAUAAAAGGCCAUAAAAGUAUUAUAAAACAGUAUAAAAGUAGUCUUGAUACUUUGUGUUCUUUCGUUUUGAGUUUGCAGGAAGAUGGAAAGCCACACAGGUUUGGUACAACAUGAGGGUAGUUUUCGAAGGUGUUUCCUUAGGUUUGCCUGUUUAUUAUUUAUUUAUUGCAAUAUCUCACGCAUACUAACUUGGAAAAAAUACAAUAAUUUAUGUUGCCUCCAUAUACAGUAAGUGUUAAUUUAUUAUUUAUGCUCUGUUAUAGUUAUUAUUGAUAUUUUGAAUCAGAAUUGCAUUAUAUUUUCAUUUUAACUUUAGUUUCAUUUUCAAGUAAUUUUAUGUGCUUUUUUAUGUGCUGAGUUUUUCUUAGUUUUUUAAAAAUAUUUUUUAUAUUACCAUUUAGUUGUUUUCAUUUUUUUUUUAUGUCCAGUCAGCAGUUUGAACUUAUUUUAGUUAGUGGCCAAGGUAGCAUUUCUCAUUUUGAUUUAGUUUAGUCUUAACAGCUAUAUUUAUAAUUUAUUUAUUUUAUUUUCAAUGAUUAAUCACGAUUAAUCACAUCCAAAAUAAAAGUUUUUGUUUACAUAAUAUAUGUGUAUAAUAUAUUAUAUUAUAAUAUAUAUUAUAUAAUGUGUAUAAUAUAUAAUGUAAAAUGUACUUAAUAUACUGUUUAAAUUUAUGUAUAUAUAAAAUACACACACAUGCAGUAUAUUUUUGAAAAUAUUUAUAUGUAUAUAUUUAUAUUCAUAUAAUUUAUAUUAUACUUAAUAUAUAAAAAUAACAUUUUUCUUGAAUAUCUACAUGCGUGUGUGUGUAUGUGUAUGUAUGUAUAUAUAUAUAUAUAUAUAUAAUAUAAUAUGGAUGCGAUUUGUUUUUAGUUAACAAUGCUAAUAUUUAACAAUACUAAUCCUGAUCUGCACACUUCCACUUGUCGUGAAACUGUUCAUGUCAUGUUGCGUUUCUGGUUAUUAAAGUAUAACAUAGCUCAUAAUGGUUUCUAGACCCCAUAUUAUUAAACUGCCAUGUAAUGUGUUAUUAGUGGCUGGAAGUGGGUUUUCUGUGGGUGCGUAUGAAAGAGCAAUCAAGCGGUUUUGGAAGUAGAUGUGAGGUGUCUGAGAUGUUUAAGGCUGUCGUUUUUCAAGGCCUGUCGUCUUACAUGGCUACGGGUUCUGCCGGCCAUAUCAUAUAUUUGAAAAAUAUCCUCAGUCAGUUACUGCUCUGUUAUUGUCAUUGUAAGCAGAGAACCCAUGGGUUUUAUUGUUUUGUGAUGAAUGAUCAGACAUUGAGCGCUCACAGCUGGCUUUUUUAAUAUGACUGUUCUAUGCUGAUGUUGAAAUGACAGGAGCUGUCAUUAAUAAAUAAAAAAAAAUAAUCAUUUAGAUUCAUUGUGUAAAUAGUAUGGUCUUGGUAACCGAUUCAAAACAACAGAGCACUGGUCGCGCACCUGGUAAGCAUUUGACAGGUGUUAUACCUUGGCAGCGUUAUGCCAUGAGUCAGUGCGAAUAAAGAACAUCGUAAAACAAGCUGCAACCACCUACGCUGUCCCUGUUCACAUGAACUGAGUGCAAUAUUUUGUCUCUAACUCUUUAUCCAUAGACAGCAUUUCAUAAAGCUUCAUUCAGCUUUUAAUAGAGUGAAUCAAAGUGUCGAAUUCAUGUGAAGGACCGGUAUAUUUCGUUAUAGAUAUUCCAAUGUUAAUAUUUUGUCUGAGGUGAAAAUCGUAGGUUUGUAUAAUCCCACAGAGGGCUUGGGAAAGCUCACAGAGAUGGUUAGGACACAAGGUGUAUUUGUUUUAGUUUCAUUCUUUACAGAAUCUAGUUUGAGAUUCUAGUUUUCUAUUAUUACUGUUUGUUACCUGUUUUACUUUAAUUGGCUUUUUCAUGAGGGAAGCAGGAUAUUCAGUGCUAAAAAAUGGUAGGAAUUAAUAGGAUUGUGAAAAGCGAGAUUUGUAUAUCCAAAUGUGAAUUUGGAUUAAAAAAAAACUAUUUGCUAAAUAGCUAUUGGCUAACAUUAUCCAAUUGCCUGCAUGUGACAAUAAUGGAAAUAGAAAUUUUUAUUUGAUAAGUUACUAUAAUUUAAUUAAUUUAAAGACAAACAUUUGGUAACACUUUAGUGUUAAUAAUAAAUAAACGUAAUUUAUUUCUCUCUUCUGCUCACCAAGGGUGCAUUUAUUUGACCAAAAAUACAGUAAAAACGGCAAUAUUGUGAAAAAUUUUUACAACUAUUUUCUGUUUUAAUAUAUAUUUUAAAAUGGAAUUUAUUCCUAUGAUCGAAAGCUGAAUUUUGAAUCCAGUUUACAGUGUAUUUUCCCUCCAGAAUGCUUUGUUGAAUAUAAAGUUCAGAAGAACAGCAUUCGUUUGAAAUAGAAAACUUCUGCAAAACUUAUGUCUUUACAUUUAAAAGUAUUCAUUUCUUUUAAUAAAUUUACUGACCCCAGACCCCUAGAUGCUAGUGUAUGCUGAUAUGUUUUUAACAUCUCAAGAUGUACAAUUGAAAAGUAUACUCAAAAAAGAAAAUCCUUUACUAAACAGUUUGCCUUUCUUCUAUGAAACACAAUGGAGUUUUUUUCUUUUGAAAAAUGAUGUGUUUUUUGUUCAUGCACAGACAAAGUCUUCCAAUGUUGUUUUAGACUCUUGACAUCGAAACAGUUGAAACAUUUUUCACAAUAUAUUCUUUUGUGUUCCACACAAGAAAGUCAUACUGGUUUGGAACGGCAUGAAGGUGAG